AUGUCGAAGGAAUUCAUUAUCAAGCACAUGAACGCCGAUCAUGGUGAUUCCCUUGAGCUUUAUCUCCAAGCAUUCAACAACAUCAGCGCCCGCGACGCCCGCAAGGCCCAAAUCGAAGAUCUCACCCUCUCAAGCCUCGUUAUCCAAGCGAACGGUACCCGCUAUCAUGUCCCCAUCGAUCCCGCCAUGAAGGAUUUCACCGAGUCGCGUGGCCGCCUGGUCGCACUACACAAGGAAAGCCUGCAGCGCCUGGGUCGCUCUGACGUGACGCUGACGGAAUACCGCGGCCCACAGGGGUUUUUACAGACCUUAAUCUUUGGUCUGUGCUUAUUCACCUACGUGAGCUGCUUCCAGCGCAGCAACCUUCUACCGGGCUCGUUCGUCUACGAAAAUCUCGGGUACAAGUUUGUUCCUGACUUUGCGCAUUUUGUCUUCAACAUCCAGCCUUUCCUGUUCCCGGCAGUUGUGGCAAUCCAUAUCUUCGAAUCCGUCUUAUUGGCCGUGCUGAAAUUGAAGCCGCAUGGAGUUCCUAUUCUCUCAGGACUGUGGUGCAAGUGGAUGGCUUCGUGCUUUGUGGAAGGGUUUGGAUGUUUCCAGCGAAUUGGAGCUUUUGUAAAGGAAGAGCAGGCGAAGAAGCAUGGGAAGCGAGAGUAA